UCAACCCUCUCUUUCCCCUUCUCCGCCUUCGCAUGGCAGUAUAAAAGGCUCUGCUCUUUGUUGAGAUCCCCAACUCCUCCUUCCGCAGUUCGGUGAAGGUUCAAGGCAAUCUUCUUCUUCUCCAGGAUAGCUAAUGGCCAUUAGCCAGUGGUGCCGCGGCAGGACCAUCGGCCGCGGCUCCACCGCUACCGUCUUCCUGGCGACCGCCUUCCCCUCUGGCUACCUAUUCGCCGUCAAGUCCGCCGACCUCUCCCUCCACGCUUCGCUGCAAAGGGAGCAAGGUAUCCUCUCCUCUCUCCACCACCCCAACAUCGUGUCCUGCCUCGGCUUCGACGUCACCGCCGAAUCCUCGGGCGGCCAGCUCUCCUACAACCUGUUCUUGGAAUACGCGCCGCUUGGUUCGCUCUCUGAAUGCAUAGUGAAGCACGGCGACCGCCUGGAAGAGGGCGUGAUCCGGUCCUACACCGGUGACAUACUCCGCGGCCUUGCUUACCUCCACGCCAAGUCCAUCGCGCAUUGCGACGUCAAGAGCAGGAACGUCCUGAUAUGGCCGGACGGGCGCGCCAAGGUCGCGGACCUCGGGUGUGCACGGCCGACCACUGGGGACGACGGUACGGUGCGGCCUAUCGCGGGCACGCCGAUGUUCAUGGCGCCGGAGGUGGCGCGCGGAGAGGAGCAGGGGGCGCCGGCCGACAUAUGGGCGCUCGGGUGCACGGUCGUCGAAAUGGCCAGCGGGCUGCCUCCCUGGCCCGACGUCGACGUCCCGGCCGCCGCCUUGCACCGCAUCGGCUUCACGACGGACGUCCCGAAGUGCCCAGGGUGGUUGUCGGAGGAGGCCAAGGACUUCCUCGACAAGUGUUUGAGGAGGGACGCGAGAGAGCGGUGGACGGCGGAUCAGUUACUGCAGCACCCGUUCCUGGCGAAGCGGAGUCCACCGAACCGCUUCACGGAAAGCGAUUCGAGUCAGGUAAAGGUCUCUCCAAGGAGCACACUGGAGCAGAGCUUAUGGGACUCCGUAGCAGAUGAAGAAGAAGAGGUGGAGAUGGACCGGCAAUUCGACAGCCCAGAGGAGAGGAUCCGACAGCUGAUCAGCGGCGGCUUUCCGGCGUCCAAUUGGACAUGCGAUGACAACUGGAUCACGGUAAGGAUGAGUGAGGAGGAACCUACAGUCGCUAGAGCAGAUGCUGCCGAUGAACCAAUCGGUCACAGCAAUACUGAUUACAUCAGUUCAGCAGCAGAUCGCUUCUCUGAUUCUGUUGGAUAUGGUGUUCCAGACUACACUGAUGAAUUAGAUGAUGUAGUAAUUGUGAAUCAAAUGACUGGGGAGAGACAGAUCUGUACACCUGCUGUUGAGGUCGAUAAUAAUAUUUGUUUUUCUGCUAAUUUGCUGCAUCGAUUGGUCUUUUAGCUUUUCCUAUAGAAAGGUGACCUGUUUGACUCAGCUCAAGGUCAAUAGAGAUAUGCAGUGAGAUAUGUCAGUAACAUGGUUGAAGGUACAUGAUGAUGGAGCAGCACACGCAAAUGGAGUUGCAAUGGUAAUUGGUGAUCCAGGCCUUGAGCUCCAAGGUGGUACAGGCAGCUGAUCCAAUUUGUUAGGCAAUUCAGAUUCGACUGUGGAGGAGACAGGCAGAGGUCCUACAGAGUUGCUGUUGCUACAGAAGCAAAGUACCAGAGGCAAGGUAUUAGCAGAG